GAGAUCUUCGGGGUGAUCCGAGCGCUGAAUCCCUUCCGCUUGACGGGUGCUUCCAGGGACUACAUCGUGGUGGCCUCGGACUCGGGCCGCAUCGUGAUCUUAGAGUACGACGGCACCAAGAACAUGUUUGAGAAGGUUCAUCAGGAGACCUUCGGCAAGACGGGCUGCCGCCGCAUCGUGCCGGGACAGUACCUGGCAGUCGAUCCUAAGGGCCGCGCGGUGUUGAUCGGAGCCAUUGAGAAGCAGAAAUUCGUCUACAUCCUCAACCGAGACUCAGCGGCGCGGUUGACGAUUUCCUCUCCUCUGGAGGCGCACAAGAGCUACACGUUGGUCUACGCCAUGGUGGGCAUGGACGUGGGUUUCGAGAAUCCCUUGUUCGCCAGCAUCGAGCUGAGCUACGAGGAGGUCGACAAGGAUCCCCAUGCGGAGCCUCCACAGAAGAUGCUGACCUUGUACGAGAUGGACCUGGGCUUGAACCACGUGACCCGGAAAUUCGCCGACGCCGUGGACCACAGCGCCCACGCGCUGAUCGCCGUGCCGGGCGGCGUGGACGGCCCCAGCGGCGUGUUGGUGUGCUGCGAGAACUGCUUGGUCUACAAGAAGCAGGGCCAUCCCGAUGUCGUUUGUGCCAUUCCCCGACGUUUGGAGAUGGCGCAAGAGAAGGGCUUGCUCAUCGUGGCGCAUGCCACGCACAAGCUGAAGGACUUCUUCUUCUUCCUGAUCCAGAGUGAGUACGGCGAUCUGUACAAGGUCACCUUGACCCACGACGAGGACAUGGUCUCGGAGGUGCAGGUGAAGUAUUUUGACACGAUCCCACUCAGCAAUGCCUUGUGCGUGCUGAAGACAGGCUUCCUCUUCGCUGCGGCGGAGUUCGGAAACCACGCCUUGUAUCAGUUCCAGGGCAUCGGCACCGAUGAGGAGGAUCCGAUGUGCACCUCCUCCCAUCCUCACGGAGCGCAGGCCCUAGUGGCCUUUAAACCGCGCGCCUUGAAGAACUUGAUGCUCUACGAUGAGAUGCCUUCCUUGUCUCCCAUCAUCGACAUGAAGGUCCUGGACGCCACAGGCGAAGGAAAGCCGCAGCUCUACGCCAUGUGCGGCCGUGGCCCGCGCGCCUCGUUGCGGGUGCUGCGGCACGGGUUGGCCGUGACGGAGAUGGCCGUGUCCGAGCUUCCGGGGAAGCCGAACGCGGUGUGGACGGUGAAGGCGACGAUGGACAGCGAGUACGACCGAUACAUCGUGGUGUCCUUUGUAGAUGUGACUCUGGUGCUCUCCAUUGGUGACACCGUCGAGGAGGUCUUGGACAGUGGUUUCCUGGCCACAGCGCCCUCGCUCUUGAUCCAACUCAUGGCGGAUGACUCCUACGUGCAGGUGCAUCCCACGGGGAUCCGCCACUUGCUCCCCCGACGGACGAAUGAGUGGCGCGUGCCGGGGCAGAAGCGCAUCGUGACCGCCGCGGCCAACGAGCGCCAGGUGGUCAUUGCCCUGUCGGGUGGUGAGAUCCUGUACUUUGAGAUCGAUGAGAGCCACACGCUCAACGAGGUGGCGAAGCGAGACAUGAACUACGAGGUCCUGUGCAUUGCCGUCCAGCCGGUGCCCGAGAACCGCCAGCGGGCCUCCUUCAUGGCGGUCGGAGGUGUGGACAACACCAUCCGAAUCUUGUCCUUGGAGCGGGAGCGACCACUGAAGCAGCUCAGUGCGCAGGCCUUGCAGUCGCCGGCCGAGAGCGUGUGUCUCCUGGAGAUGAAGAACUUGGGCCAGGCGGAGGACGUGCACAGCUUGUUCUUGAGCAUCGGCCUGAGCAGUGGAAUCCUGAUCCGAUCCGUGGUGGACUUUGUCACGGGCACCCUGAGCGAUCAGCGGUCCCGGUUCCUGGGCGCCAAGGCGGUGCGCUUGCACAAGGUCUCGGUGCAGGGCAUGCCUGCCAUGUUGGCCUUGAGCACCAAGCCCUGGUUGUCCUACAACUUUCAGGGCAAGAACCACUGCACUCCCAUGAGCUACGAGCAGUUGGAGUACACCUCCUCCUUCGCCUCGGAGCAGUGUCCCGAAGGUUUUGUCGCCAUCUCCGGCAACACGCUGCGCAUCUUGGCGUGUGAGCGCCUCGGUGAGCUCUUCAACCACACGGUGAUGAACCUCUCCUACACCCCACGGCGCUUCGUGCCCCUGCCGCCGGCGGUGCUGCCGCCGCCCGGGCAGCCAACGACGGAUCCCAUCAUGCUGGCGAUUUUGGAGGCGGACCACAACGCCUACAACGAGGAGACGAAAAGAGAGAUCCGAGCAGCUCUGAAGAAGAUUCGUCUCACCAAGACAGUGGACGACGAGGACGACGUCAAGGAGGAAGACGAUGAGGAAGAUUUGCCCGAAGCACAGGUGGGCACCUUCAAAGCGGGCGAAGGUAAGUGGGGUUCCUGCGUGCGCAUCGUGAAUCCAUCGAGCUUGACGCCGGUCUUCAAGCUGGACCUGGAUAUCGAUGAGGUGCGGAUGGCGCGGACGGCGGAUGGCGGACCGGUGGGACGAGGGUUUUCCGAUUCGGAACCGCCCAAGACCAUUAGAAGAAGGGGAGACACGGAAGCCACACCAGAAUCGUGCACGGUGAGUGUCGGGUUCAGCGUGGGGUUUUGGUUGGGUGCAAGGAAGGAAGUUCAUGAAAAGACUCGAAGCAUGAAGCAUGUGUGGUUUCCAGGGGAAGGGGAAGAGCCUCCGGUCGACCAUGAAAAGGAUGGUGGAGUCCUGGUGGAGCUGGUUGUUUUGUACCCUCGCAGCAAAACCGCGGCCCUUGCAGCAGACCACAACCCCCCCCAGAAAGCCGUCGGACGAUCGCACGUCAGCCUCACUGCCAGGUCACCACCUGCGUCGUCUCCAUUUCAGUCGGGCUUUUAG